AUGUAUCCGCGUUUCUGGGGACCUGAUUGGCUCUGUAAAGUGACUCGUUAUAUUCAAAUGGUGCCAAUGUACGCAAGCCCAUUUCUUCUAGUCGCUAUCAGUGCUGAUCGGUAUCAAGUAAGGCUUUUCAUUCAGUUUGUCAGUGUUGCACCUAACUUGUAGGCAAUUUGCCGUCCAAUGGCUCAUUUCCGAUCUUCUCGCUAUCGAAGGCCCAACUGGCUGGCCGCAGUUGCUUGGGCCAUGUCUUUCGUUUGCUCAACACCUCAACUUUUUGUUUGGGAGAAAUCGUUAGUUUUAUCAAAGUUUUUAAAAUGCUUUUCUGUUUCAGAAAAAAGCUCGAAUGCGCUACAAUAUAUGGCAGAGAGAAACAUCCUUUGAAAAUGCUUUAUGUAAUUCUUUUCAACACAAUGGCUUGGCUCCUGCCGUCAAUCUGCGCUGCUUCUUUUUACUGUAUGUUCAGUUUGAGAGCUUUUCGAAUUCCUUUCAGACUGCGUCUGCAAGGCGGUCUGGACUUCUUCUGUUAAACAACCUGUUCAAAACGUUUGUGACCAGAGAAAUUUGCCGGCUUCAACAAAAAACUCAAGGUUUGUGGUUCUUGAGGGUCAUUACGAUAAAUUUAUGAGAUGGAUAUCGUUUUCAGCGACAUAACUGAAGAUUAUGUUAAAAAACUGCGCACAAGGUCUUGCGGUUUCAGACGUCAAAACACGGAGUACGACCGCAAAAGAAUUCAAACAGGUUCCUCAUAUGACGAUUUUCAAUAAUUAAAUUCAACUAUUUUUAGUUCGACUGACGAUGACGAUAAUUGCUUGUAAUUUCUUUCUCUGGAUGCCAUUUUGCAUCGUGAACGUUGUUCAGGCUUUGUGGCCGAAUUUAUUAGGUUGAAACAGAGAUCAAGACUAAUUAAUAUAUUUUUAGAUGCUUGGACUAUUAUUUCCGUGAUGAUACUCGGUAACUUGAACUCUUGCGUUAAUCCCUGGAUUUACAUCGUGUUCAACAAGUCUCAUGUUUUCAAGGCUUUUUGUGGGAAGAAGCCUCGACCUUUCAGUGAAAUGUCAAGAAGAGGUUGGUUUUGACUUCUUUCAGCAGAAUACUUUCUAUAGAUACCUACAAUUCUUCAAAUCCUUGCACGGGACGAGGUCCGAACAACGAGAAAAAAUUAAACGGGAUGAGUUCGGCGCCUCAAAAACGCUUCAGGGUGAGUUUUUUCAUAAGUAAAAUGAUUACAAAAAAGUCCAGACCAGACAAAACAUCUCUUUCAACUGUGGAACAAAGCGUCAGCCGGGCAAUUUGACACGUCCAGGUAUUUUUCUGAGAUGAAACGUUUUGUGAAAACGAUUUUUUAGCUAAACUAGUGAAGAACCACAGCGAAGCGAAUAUCGUCUAUGUGAACAAGAAAACAGAGAACACGGCAGAGCGAUGGUCUUGA